AUUGCUUCUGCUGCAGCCGCCCCCUUCUACCCGCCGAGCAAAGAUGAUAUCGUGUCGAGACUCGCCGAAGCCUUUCAGACGGGACUUGAUAGGGCAAGAACCAGCCAGCUGGCGAAAUUUGUGCGUGGACCCGGGGACCUGGACCCCGCUGCGAAGGAGGUCCUCAAGUCCUAUUCUGAAGAGGGUUGGGACCUCGAGGUGCUGUUGCGUCUGUAUGGUUACAUCGAGGAGGGGAGUUCAGAUCGCGGCGGCGAUGUAGAACAACACGACCAACAGGAGCAAGCAGAUCGAAAGAACAAGCCCAAGUUCAGGGCCUUGGAGAUUAGCUACAAACCAAAACAAGAACGGCUACCGUUUCAGAAGCCAGGUCGAAGCUGGGUUUGGCUCCGCUAUUUGUGGGAACAAAAUGCAAAAAGGGGGAAGCAAGAAGUUGUGCCACUGGCUUUAUCUAAUUUCACCCGCGGCCCCGUUGGGGGAGUAGAAGUAAAUGCUCCUCCUAUUACGUCACGCCUGGAAGUGGUCCGAACCACUGGUGACCUAGAUGCGGUCGAGGAGGAGAAAAAGGCGUGGGGUUAUGCCCUCAGGCAGAAGCCGCAGUUCGGCACGAAAACCGUUCUGCUGGACAACACGAAAUGGGGGCAGCCGAUCAAUAGCAAGUUUCAACUCGACAAUCAAGGAGAAAUAUCCCAGGUAAAAAACAACACGUGCCCGCCCCCUGCGCUACAGACUUUGGUAGUAGGCAACUUUGCAUAGCCG